UUGUGUUGUUUGUACUUUGAUGAACGAAUCAUGCACCUGCAUGGUACCUUUAUUUCUAACACUAUUACGUACAUUUUCAGAAUACAAACAAAUGUUUAACAAAAUAAGCCAAAGCAGACAGUAAGAAAAUGAGUCCAUAGGCCAUUAGUUUACAGCUACCGCUAAUGUACUCUGUAAUAACAUAAGAAGCUACUGAAAGUGAAGAUGGUAGUCAUGUCACAUUUUGCAGCAUGAUUUAUGUUCAUACUUUUGGCAAUAAAACCAAACGGCUGCAAGUGAUAAUAUUUAAACUUCCUGGUCUCUUAUCUGAGUGCUACAAAGGUGCUACAAAGGACUCUGAGAUGCUUGACCACUACUCCUUCAUCAGUCUUGGAGCUGUGCCUUCAGUAUGGCUUGCGACAAAGACUGCGGCAAAAAAUGUGUCGGCUGCCUUUUUGAUUAUGAGACGCCUGUAAUGCUGGUGAUUAGUAGCAAAAGAGUGGGAGCAGUCUUCAGGUUAAUUCAAAUGCUGAUAAUUGCUUACGUCAUUGUGUAUGAAUGUUGGAUCCAGCAGAACUAUCAAGAGACAGACUCAGUAGUCAGUUCUGUAAGCACGAAAGUAAAGGGCACUGCCGUCACUAACACAUCUGUUUUGGGUGUUCAUGUUUGGGAUGUGGCUGAAUACAUCAUCCCCCCACAGGGAGAAAACUCAUUCUUUGUACUGACAAAUAUGAUUGUCACUCCUGCACAGAUGCAAAGCAGAUGCCCAGAGGUUCCAGGCCCAACUACUGUUUGCCUUUCAGACAGUGACUGCAGAUCUGGAUACAGUAAUGUCCGUGGCAGUGGAGUUCAGACUGGACUAUGUGUGAACUACUCAGCCUCUGUUAAAACCUGUGAGGUGCUUUCAUGGUGUCCACUUGAAAAUGACACUGAAAUUCCUGAGCCUGCUUUGCUGGAGGCUGCAGAAGAUUUCACUGUGCUCAUCAAAAAUAGUAUCCACUAUCCCAAGUUCAAGUUCAGGAAGCAAAAUAUUCUGCCCCACAUCAAUUCUACAUACCUGAAGAACUGCACAUUCAAUCGGAAAACUGACCCAGAGUGUCCUAUUUUCCGCAUGGGGGACAUGCUAGAGGAGGCUGGGGAAGACUUUCGAAAUAUGGCUGUCAAGGGUGGUGCUAUGGGGAUUUUACUGGACUGGACUUGUGAUUUGGACAUGAAAGAACAACUCUGUGUCCCAAAGUACACAUUCAGCAGACUGGAUAACAAAAACUCUGAAAGUGAUGCUGCCCAUGGAUAUAAUUUCAGGUACGCCAAAUACUUUAAAAACAGUGAAAAUACUGAGACACGGACUCUGGUCAAAGCUUAUGGAAUCAGAUUUGAUGUCAUCGUUUUUGGCAAGGCAGGCAAAUUCAGCACUGUGCAGGCAAUAAUACACAUUGGAGCCACUCUCUCCUUCCUCAGUUUGGUAAAUGCUGUAUGUGACUGGUUCGUGCUGAACUUCAUGGAGAAAAAGAACUACUAUAAGAAACAUAAGUUCAUCCAUCUGGACAAAAUGGAGGAUACUGACGCACUGGUGACCAUGAUCUUUCUCAAGCAGGCAUUUAGGCUGCAUAAUAUCAUUUGUUCAUUUACUGCUAAUUUUGCAGAAGUCUUGAUGCUAAUGUUGUUACUUAGAUGCUUCUAAUUAAUGCCCUGUAUGCUGAUCUGUAUCCAGUCCAGCUUCAUUAGUGCCACUAAAGCGAUAUUUCUAACUAUUUUUUCCUUUGCA